AUGGUUUCCCGUCAAUAUGGCAUUUUGUUUUUCUGCCUUUUCUUGAUAUAUCCUCUUUUGCUGGCUGCAGUUUUCUUAAAUCACAAGGAAGCUAGCAAUAUGCUACAAAGACAAAAGCGAGCCAAUUCCUUCCUGGAAGAGCUGAAAGCGGGGUCACUGGAGCGAGAGUGCCUAGAAGAGCAAUGUUCAUUUGAGGAAGCCAGAGAAAUCUUCAAGGAUAACCAAAGGACUGUGGAAUUUUGGAACACCUAUUCAGCUAGCAAAAGUUGCAACUCCAACCCUUGCCAGAACAGUGGGACAUGUGUGGACCAUCAUCAGAGCUACAUCUGCCUGUGUCCUGUGGGGUAUGAAGGCAAAAACUGUGAAACAGCCGAAACAGAAAAACUGAAGUGCAUUUAUGAUAAUGGCGAUUGUGACCAAUACUGCAGAGAUACUCCAACUACAGUACGGGAAUGUUCUUGUGCGAAGGGAUACAGGUUAGCCAGCGAUGAAAUAUCUUGCAUCCCAGAAGUUGAUUAUCCAUGUGGGAAAAUACCCAUUUUGGCCCAAAGAAAUGAGAGUCAGGAGGGAAGAAUUGUUGGUGGUCAUGUCUGUCCUCCGGGUGAAUGCCCAUGGCAAGCACUCUUAAUUGGUGGAGUAAAAGCAAAAUGUGGAGGUGUUUUACUUGCUCCAUCAUGGGUGGUUACUGCAGCUCACUGCCUGGAGCAUACAGACCCCAGAGUGCUCAAGAUUAAACUGGGUGAAUAUGACAGAGAUCAAGAAGAUGAGGCUGAACAGGAAAGGAGGGUUGCUGAAGUUAUAAUCCAUGAAAAAUAUAACUUUAAAAAAACUGACAAUGACAUUGCCUUACUACGAUUAGACAAGCCAGUAAACUAUACUGAUUAUGUGAUACCCAUAUGCUUGCCCGAGCAUCGGUUUGCUGUGGAUGUCUUGUCCUACAUUAAAUAUUCUACUGUGAGUGGAUGGGGGCGUUUAAUAGAAGGCGGAGCUACUUCCUCUCUCCUUCUGCAAGUGAGGCUGCCCAAAAUAAAGACUAAAGAAUGCAUUCAGCACACUAACUUCACUAUUACAAGGAACAUGUUUUGUGCAGGGUACUUGACAGGGACUAAAGACUCUUGUGAAGGUGACAGUGGUGGUCCCCACGCCACCAAGUUCAAGAACACUUGGUUUUUAACAGGCCUUGUGAGCUGGGGGAAGGGGUGUGCAGCUGAAGGUACAUAUGGUGUUUACACAAAAGUAUCACAAUACAUUAGAUGGUUAAACAAUCACAUGUUUUCCUAA